UCUUCCAGUAAGAAAACCGGGGAACGGAGAACACUUUCUUCCUUCUGCCGAAAAAACACCGCUACGAAAAUGUCAUCUCGGUAUCACGGAGUCUCGCGAAGCGGCAAGACCGCAGGGCACGUCCUGCGUUCACAGAAGCUGCGAUCGCAACUGCACCUCGGCGGGCCGAACAACCUGCUGAAUACGUCCGGGGAGAACUUUGCGCUGGUGGGCAGUCCAAAAUCUCCAGCGAGUCACAAGUCGAGUUUGCUCAGCGGCCCGUUUAGCGAUCCUUCGGACCACCAGAACUUUUCCAACCUGAACGUCCGCGUGCAGACGGCGGUGGCCUAUCCGAAGCAGUUUGGACACAACGACUUGAAGCAGAUCUUCGGCGUCCGCUACAAUCCGAACUUCCACCGCGGCGAAAACUACGUCGCCGUCGGGUAUGCGGACGGCGCUCUCCGCGUGUUCGAGACGGAUUCCUGGUCCAAGGUCGCGUGCUCCCCCGUCGACUUCGACACUCCAGAUCCGGAGGAGAUAUGAAAGUGUAGAACUUCAACCCCUCCUUAUUCCCCCUCAACAUUUGAUGUCAUGCAAGAAAAUGAAAAUAAAGCAUCAGAUCCACUUCCACCAUGAUGUUGUUUGCCUCUUGGCACUUCUUGCCUAACAGGGUCAUCUUCUGGAAGCCGAAAUAUUGCAGUAGAAUCGGGCAUCUUGAACUCGUCAUGCAAAAGCAGCACUUUUUUUGCCGGAGCUACUUGUGCUGUUAGUGUUCAUGCUCAUAAGUAUCCAAGAAAUUAUUAUGCGGGGGAGGAGGGGGAGUUGUGCACCCUGAUAGGAGAGCAAGCUUCUCGCGAAGGGCAUCCAGAUUCCACCGAGCCAGAUCCAUGGAGCGUUUGACGCCUUCGAGCCGAUCACCAGUCUCAAGUGGAUGGACAGCCGGCGGGUGCUUUUCUUGCAGGGAAACCAGAUCAACAUUCUCAACGGCGUGGGAAACAACGGUGCAAACGAGGACCAGAGUAACCAGCCCAAGGUAGAGCGCGUGGACCACAAGCACGGGGCGAUGUACGUGUGCGAUGUGGCCGGCAAUCCAAACGAUCUCGGAGGUAUCACUAUACCAAAUGCUGAUACUUCAAACACCAGCGCACUUUAUUCUGAAUUAGUACUAAGUAACUGUAACUUCAUCUACCCCCACGAUGAUCCGGAAAAUGCGACGUAAGAAAAAGGUGCAUGAAAGAAAACGAUCGGAAUUUCUGGUUUGCAUGAUAAAGCCGCGUAUCGUAUAGUAGUAUCUAUACCGGUCAGUACUAUGCUUUUGCUCUUCUCCUGCUUCAAAGCAAUCUGUACGACGAGCGGUGACCGUGACACAUCGUUUCGUAGUAUCUUUUACAACUACACUGCAAUAUGAUAUUAAUUCACGUUGAUCUUCAUCUACACUGCAGCAUGCAAGCGACCCCAGCGGUUCCUAGUGGGGGGAACGGAGCGAAAAGUGGUCAUUUACGACGCCAAGACGCUGCAAGAGACGUGCUGCCUCCGAAAAUCGUUGUACCGAGCGGAUUCGUUUGCGCACUCGAAUCGGUAUGGAACGCAAAUAUGUCUGGGUAGUUCUCCCAUGGAAGAUUGCAAGAUUUGUCAUGCAAUUUUUCUAAGCUUCGCAAAGUCUGCAAGGCAGGGCUUAGCAUCACAAGCUCUGGAGCUCCUUGGUAAUAAAUGCGUAUUCCGCGGCAUGAGAAAUCCGCUCUGCUCUGAGCAUGGGCAGAAGUAGGCAUUUUUUGCAAGGAGCCAGGCAAGACAGAUUUUUGUUUUGUGUGACCCGCAACUCGUAUGAAUUCAACUUCGCCCUCUACUUGCUUCUCUUCCAGACAUGCAGGGAUAUUUGCAGUGCAUAACCAGAUCAGCUCAGCAAAAUUUUUUCCCGACUGCGACGGUCAGAUCUACGUAACGGGCUCCUGGGACAAUUCCGUUGCCGUAUGUAUCCUGUGUAAAAACGUCCCCACCGCCAAAUUGUCAUGUAAAUCUGCAUGCCUUAAAUGUUCCUCAUGCGGAGCCCUAUGAGAAGCAUUUUUUUGUGUAAUAAAUGCGUCACGAUCUGGGAGCUAAGAAAAAGAUUGAAUGCCGAUGAUCAGUGAUGCAGCAGCCCUACCUACAUGACAGCAUUGCACUGCGAGCCCGAAGUUGUCAUGCGCAAUAGCAAAGUCUCUAUCUUGUUGCUUGACCCUGGGGGGGGGGACAUUUUUGCACAGGAUAGUAUGGGACUGCCGUUCCGGGAAGCGGGAAAGGUACUUUUUCUCGCAGAAGCAAUAAAUAAAAAUUACAAGUUGGCUUAACUUGUGGUCAUUUUCAUUCCGAGUGGCAUAGAAUUUUUGUCUGCAAAAGCAUAUCCGCGUGAAGAGAAAACAAGAUCUCGAGCGUAGACUGAAUCUGCCAUAAUUGUUCGGCGUUUUUGCUGCAACAAGACAAGAGUCCUGUAAGAAAGUAUCACCGAGACCUCCGUGCAGCCGUGCCUAGCUGCUAGUGUAUAAUAAUUUCUGGAGGUUGUCGAUAUUUGUCUGUCUCUGUGUCUACCACCAUGCGAAAGAAUGAUCAUGUUAAUUUUUACUGACGUGCUCCCAUCCCUCCGAAUUCUAUCCGCCGAACAAAAUUUUGUUCCCAAGGUUUUUGGACGAGCAGCUAGUCCUCGUAGGUUCCGGGCCGGAGGCGCUAGAUGUGGACCGCAAUUUAUCGCAAGAAAAUACUGUUUCACUGUGAACUUGUGACGCAGAGAACGAAGCACCAAAGUGUUUGUCUUGCUACACCUGCAAGACAUUGGAUUUUCAAGCGUGUUUUCCCUUGGAAAGCGCGCAGGGCAAAUUUUCCGUGUCAUGUGUAACAAACUUGUAAUGCAGAUCUUGCAAAAUCACCACAGUGAGACAGUUUUUUCGUGGGAUACAACUCGAUUCUGACGGGGAUAUCACACAAAAAAAAGCUAGCACAGAAUCGUAUUUGUCAACAUGUAAAAAGUAAAACUUAAACUACCCAUCACAUCACAGUACAGAGAAUAAAAACCAGGCAUGUAGUUCGGGGGCAUGCCGGCUAGAAUGCUUAUGCCAGAAAGUAUGUUUUCGUUUUGUGUGCUGUGCGUAGGUCUUCUACUUGUAGUACUUUUUCGUAAGGGAUGAAGAUGAUGAAACAAGUGGAGUACCUAGUGCUAGCGUUUUUCUUCCUAUCCAGGAAAAAAACUGUGUAAGUGUAACUUUGUAGGAAGAGCAGCAUCACAAAUUCGCUUUGCAUUACAGGGAAAACCUGUCAUGCGUAGCUAGUACGUGGAAACACGUAUGAUAGUAGCCGAUGACGCAAUUCCAGCAUGACAAGUGUAAUUGUUUUGCAUUUUCUGCAUCACAGAUUUACACUUACACAGUUUUUUUCUUGCAUUCUCCCUUUCGAUGUCGCAGUUACCGCACCAAGGAUCCCUAUGGAACUGUCAGGAUUGGAAUUGACAAAGUUGAAAAUUUUGUGAUGCAUAAAACCGAUACCAGUUGGAAGCCCAAUUUGUAAGCGGCGCAUGACAAUAAAUUUCGACGUCAUCGAAGUCCACUUUGUCAUGCUGUUUAGCGAAAGAAGGCAUCCUUUGUCAUUCUACUUUAGCAGCUCUAUCCCAAACCCGAAACAGGCUCACAGUCGGCCUCUCUGGCAAUCCCUGCAAGACAGUCACUUCGUGUCUUGCAUUUCAUGCAUCACAGAUUAUUUCAACUUUGUCGAUUUCAAUCCUGACACACCCAUAAUCCCGUGCAGCUGUUCGACUUUGGCACGUGUAAACUGCUCGAAACCUGCCCUACAUCAAGCUCGGCGCCGUCACUCCUCGGUGCGGGGGGCCCGGCAGCUGGACCGGCGACCAGCAAUCAGCUGCUGCCGUACUCGUGCCAAUUUUCUCGGGACAGCAAGAAAAUCCUGAUCGGGGGGAAGCACGUCAACGCGGAAAAGCAGGGCUCCUUUGUCGUUCUGCGACGGGUCGGUGGCGGCCGGUCGAUGGUGCAGUAUGAAGAUCACAGCCGGCAAGCCGCGGUUUGGUCCGUAGACGCGGUCACGCAAAACAGCCACGGGGUACUGUCCACGGAGUACGCUCUGGGUCACGCCGAUGGGGUGCUGCAGGUGCUCCAGAGUUGA